AUGCACAAUCUGUUCACAGACAAGCUGGACACUGGUGAAAUAGAAUAUCUGGUAGAGAACACCGUAUUUAACAAGGAGGAGAUAAAAUACCUGUUCAAUAGAUUUGUGUACUUGGACAGAAACAAUGCGGGAAUCAUUUCGUACACUGACUUCGAAAUGAUACCAGAAUUUGCAUCAAAUCCGCUGAAAGUGCUCAUAAUGAACUACAUAGAGGAGAAUGUGCUAGAGUAUGAGAAGAUGAACUUCGCCUACUUUCUGGAAUUUCUGAGAAUAUUCCACAAGAAGACGCCAAAGACAACUCGAAUCAACUUUCUCUUCAACAUCUUUGAUUUAAACAAGGAUCAUAGGCUAUGCCACGGGGUAUUGAUGCAAAUUAGGCUAUUUCUGGGGCUGAAUGAGGAUGAAAGAAGUGUGAAUACCGUUCUAAGGAUGUAUGAUUUAGGGCAGAAGGGGCAUUUAGACAUUCUUGAUUUUACAAGAUUGUAUAAUGAGGAUGGUGCACUUGAAAACAUAAUGAUCAUAGACUUUACGAAGAACAUACCGAAGCGAGAGAGAAAGGCCACUAUAUGGGACAUCAUAUGGAACAACACAAAUGAAUAG